AUGGUUCCAACAACUAGGUUUCUGAUGGUGCUGGUAGGAAGUGUGGCUCUUCUGACCUCCACGUUGUCCGCAUUUCAACCCAUUUCUCGAAGUCGCUCGGGAUCCCUACAGCAGCAACACCAAACUUUGUUUGUCGUGGCACCCGAAAAGGAGGAAUCCAAGACAGCCAAUGUCGAAGAGACGACGGAAAAGUACGGUUUGGAAGCGGGACUCUUCGAAUCGAUGAAAUCUAAGGAUGGUGGCGAAUCGGCCAAGUCCCUUUUGAAAAAGUACGGAAUUGCCUAUCUGGCCACCUCCAUUCCCCUGGCCAUUGUCAGUUUUACCAUUUGCUACGUACUGGUCGAUAGUGGCGUCGAUGUCGGAGCUCUCUUGGCCAAGGUGGGCAUUGAAACGUCGUCGGCAUCGGAAACCGCGGGAACCGCCGCCAUUGCCUAUGCCGCACACAAAGCCGCCAGUCCCAUUCGAUUCCCUCCCACAGUCGUCUUGACACCUGUGGUUGCCAAAUUAAUUGGAAAAGAACCAGAGGACGAAGAGAUGACACGGCCUUAG